GGCACCACAGCAGCCGCUUCCCUUGCCCAGCCUGGCGGGCUUGCAGCCGCCGCGUCGCUUGGUGUGGGCUCCGCUGGGGCGUGGUCUGCCGGGCGCCUGCCUGCUCCAGCCGAGCAGCGCACCCUCGCGCGGCGUGAUCCAGCGGCCCGAGGGCAGUGGGAGAGCCCCGGUUAGAGCGCCCAGAGCCCGGGAGAGACCAUGGGGCUGGAGAAGAAGAAAGCGGACACCAAGAUCUUCAUGGAUGAAGAGGGCUUCAACCGAAGUAGCAGCCCUGCUCUGUCCAAGACGGAGGAGAGCUUGGAGAAAGUCCCCGACAGAGAUCCACACGGCCUCAACAGCCAUCUGAAGCUGGGAUUUGAGGACGUGAUCGCCGAGCCUGCCUCCACUCACUCUUUUGACAGAGUUUGGAUCUGCAGCCAUGCGCUCUUCGAGCUCAGCAAAUACGUGAUCUACAAGCUCCUGACUCUUUUCCUGGCCAUCCCCUUAGCCCUGAUUGCAGGAAUUCUCUUUGCGGUGCUCAGCUGCCUGCAUAUCUGGGUUGUGGUGCCUUUCAUAAAGUCCUGCCUCAUGGUCUUGCCUUCGGUGCAGGCUGUAUGGAAGAGUGCGACGGAAGUUUUUGUCGCCCCGCUUUUUCACAGCAUAGGAAAGUGCUGUGCAGCAGUCAACAUACGCCUUGACCAAGAGUGAACAUCUGGGAUUCAAUAACACACUAGUCUUCAGUGAUGUUAUACCUCCUUGCAGAUAGCAUGGAUGUGCUUAACCAUUCAUUCCAAAACUACUACUGCUUAAAUGGCUUGACUUUCCUUUCUAGUGGGCUGCACAUUUUCUGGAAAUAAAUCUUGCUGGGGAGGGAAAGAAGAGAUGGAUCAUUAGUCCAUUUUAUUGCUAACUGAAGAAAACUGGGACAUGUUGGCAAUACUUUAUUUUAACGGUACUUUCAUAGUCUGGUCCUCAUCAAUGUUUUAAGGGGAGCUUUCAUGUCUACCAUAUCAUGGUCUAUGACCAUGACCAUCCUUCACCAUGGAAUAUUUUGCUGCUCUGAAUCCUAAUUACGGGCUAACUCCAAGCAUUGUAGUAACUAAAUCCCUAGACAUUGUCUUACCAGGAUUGGACACAGCCUAUUAUUUCAGUGUUACACUCUACAACUGAACCUCAGAAUUACAAAUACCUCCAGAGUAUAUAUCUUUACGCCUUGAAUACUUCCUCCUUCUGAAUCCUGACGUUCAAACCACCCAGCUCCCUAACCAGCUGGCUCACGUACAACCUAUCAGCUGCUUGCAAAACCCAUCAGCACUCCUGUGCUCCAGCAACUCUGCUUUCCCAAAUCCAGUAAAAACUCUCAAAGAACACUUGUCAGGGCCAGAUGGGACUACAAGCAGCUGCAUCUUGGAAACAGGCUUGGAAUGGGGGGAACCUGGAGAGCAGCAAGAGAAGUUAAUUCCCUAUCAACCAGGCAGGGACAGUGUGCCAGGUUCUUAACGUUUACACCAAGCCUGACCCCUCCAGAAGCUCACUGGAGCCAGUGUUGCACAUCCCUCUUCCUUUCACUGCUUGAAAGGGGCUCCAGGAUGUGUACACAUUCCCUGAGCUGGAUUCCAAACUCCUGCCAAUAGAUUCCUAAUUCAAGUACUAGAAUCCCUGAUGCCAGCAUGGAGCUUCUUUUAUUCCAGUGAAUUAGAAAGCCUUGUGGGUACUUCUGCAUGUGGCUCAGACUGGUAUGUAGGGUUCGGGAUUAGGCUGACAAAGCGCUAUCCUUAGGUCCCCUCCUUGCCUCAUUUGUAUUUAUGAUUAUUUUCCUCAUUAUUGUAUAGCUCUGAGGGUUCUAUGAGGUUCCACUGUAGGAAAUGUAGACGCUGUUUGGGCUCCAAAGAAACUUGCAUACAAGUUUAUACCAAACUGUGGAGUUUAUACCAAACUGUGGAGAAAGAGAAUCACAUCCUCCUGACUCUUGCUUACUACAUGCUCAAAAAGCAAAACAGGCUUCUCCAAAAUGUGCUUAAAAGAAAAAGAUGCUGAUAAAAGUGUUGGUUUGGGGCAGGUAGUAAAUUUUUUUGCUUUAUUUAAUGAAACUUUUGAUUUUGCUGUAUAUAUUGUUUGUAUGUAAAUGAUAUUGUAAUGGGUUUCACUGAUGCUUUAUUUUUACAUGCUCUGUAUUCUUGCCCAGCUUCAGGUAUUUACUCUAGAUAGCCUCUGCUCUGAUGAACUUAUGCUGUGUACAGAACUGUCCCAUGCAUGUUUUAGGCUUCUACACACAGAAAACAUGGCAGAGCUACUUAGUUGUAUUCUGCACCCAGUACCUUAUACAGAGUCCCAUUCUGCUGAGCACCUGAGAAUCCCAGCUAGAGAGGGAACGUGCCUCCAGACAUGCAUGAUCUGGCAUGUGGAAAUGGGUAUAGCUCAAAAGGGCUGUCCCUCUCAUCACAACUGGAUGUGGAUCCCAGUUAUCCAUCUGUGGCUGGUGUGCUUUUCCUUGUGCAUCUUCUACGCACUAAGGUAUGGGCAUGCAUCACAGUGGAGUUCAUGAACAUCUCUGCAGUGAUGUCAAUUGGUUUGAGGUUCUGUUGUCUAGAUAAUCAACAAAUGUUUUGAAGUAUUGCCAUGCAAUUCAAAAUGUACCAAAUAUUUUGUAGAAUUCCAUCUUUACUAUCCAAGUACUAUAAAUCAAACUAUGCAAAAGAUUCCGAAAUAAACAUUUUCAAAAAAUGUUUUUAUUAAAACUGGUCUGUAGUAUAUUCAAGAUU